AUGGAGUUUCAACACAAGAGACAGACCCAUGUGGCUCAGCAUCAAUCACAAACGCGUUACGGUUCUGGAAACCCAGACACUGAAGCGCUCUCAACUUUAGGAAUGAGAAUUCGUAAGGCCGUAUCAGAUGGCUACACUACACCUAAUGCUUCAAGUUAUAGUUAUGGCGACCAGUCAUACGUGAAUAGAAGAGUACCAUUACCAGCCGGAAUGGAUGAACCACCUUCUUUGGUAGGUUCUACCGGCUCAACAGUGGGAACAGCUUCUAACUUGUCUGAUUGGGGUAACACCGCGUCUGUGCCUGUUGCGCACCCAGUGACCAUCCCUGAGGGUCCCGUAGAAGCCUUCACCAAAAGAAAAUUUGAAGCCAACCAGGACACGGGAUAUUCAAGAUAUAGGGAAAAUGUAGACUACAGUCUGAAGUAUGGGAAUCUCCUGUUCAAUGAGGAGUUUUGA